AACACACAGACAUGUCUACACUGCUGCACGAGGCCCUGUGCAACAAGUACACACACACUUGACUUUAACAACUCACUAUACUGCAGAAAACAUCCAACUAAAGAUAAGCAGCCGCAGUUCCACUCUCCUCCAGCUGGGGGCGGUGUAGAACUCGGAGCUGCUUCACGGACCAGCGCUAACACGAAGAAGAAGAAGAAGGAGCUAACCCGUGCAGCUAACAGUUCGUCAGUAAACAAACAGAAAGAUUCACAAAUCUCGGAGGCUUGGACAUGUCAGCUGAUACCAAGAUUGCCGAGCUGCUGACGGAGCUCCAUCAGCUCAUCAAACAGACGCAGGAGGAAAGAUCCCGGAGUGAACACAAUCUACUGAAUAUUCAAAAGACGCAUGAGAGGAUGCAGACUGAAAACAAAACUUCUCCGUACUACAGGACCAAGCUGAGGGGCCUGUACACCACAGCCAAAGCAGACGCCGAGGCCGAGUGCAGCAUCCUGCGUCACGCUCUUGAUAAAAUCGCAGAAAUCAAGUCGUUGCUGGAGGAGAGGAGGAUAGCUGCUAAGAUGGCCGGCGUCUACAGUGACAGCGACCCCCCCAGGAAGACGAUGAGGCGCGGCGUCCUGAUGACGCUCCUCCAGCAGUCGGCCAUGACGCUCCCUCUGUGGAUCGGAAAGCCUGGAGAGAGCCCCCCCCCUCUGUGCGGGGCGACGCCUGCCAGCAGCGACUACGUGGCCAAACAGGGCGACAAAGUGGCAGCGAGGGUGAAAGCCGUGGACGGAGAUGAGCAGUGGAUCCUGGCUGAGGUGGUCAGCUACAACCACUCCACCAACAAAUACGAAGUUGACGACAUUGAUGAAGAAGGAAAAGAGAGACACACUCUGAGCAGACGGAGGAUCAUCCCUCUGCCUCAGUGGAAGGCAAACCCAGAAACAGACCCUGAGGCCCUGUUCAGCAAAGACCAGCUGGUGUUGGCCCUCUACCCCCAGACCACCUGCUUCUACCGGGCCCUCAUCCACACCCCCCCACACAGGCCUCAGGACGACUACUCUGUGCUAUUCGAGGACACGUCGUACGCUGACGGCUACUCCCCUCCUCUGAACGUGGCUCAACGAUACGUGGUCGCCUGCAAAGAGAACAAGAAGAAGUGAAGAGCUGAAGCAUGAACGCACCGACGAAGCCUGUGGAUUGUUUAGUUUGAAACUUUUUCAGUUUUUUUAAGAGAUGACGUUCAGAAACAGGUUCUGGAUGAUUAGUCAAGAAUCAAAUAAAAAGGUUUGAAGCUGAAGUGGGAGACGUUCAUUAGUCGAGUGAAAACAUCCCAGAAGAGACAUUUUAAAAUGAGGCUGGAGCUGUUUUCAGACUCCAGGUCAGAUCCACAGUUUGUGUUUCACAGCUGAACAACACAGCAGCAGGUUUUCUGCACAGACUCGCUCAGCAUCAGAUCCUCCCAUGGUUCAGGUGAGAGGUGGAGCAGCCGGGGGGGGGGGGGGGGGGGGCAGCCGACACACACAGGAAGUGACCUGUUACCUCAGCUGCAGAGGUCACGUGAUCAUGUUUAUAUCACCUGACACGUCGUCAGCUCUGAUCACCACAAACUCUCUUCACAGCUUCAUCUGUCUUCAUCGUGUGAGUCAGCUCUUCUUCACCAGAGACAUUUGUUUUAGUUUCUUCAUGUUUGUGUCCCGUGUUAGAAGCCCCCCCCACUCACCCAGUGAAUCAGUGGAGGAUCCUCUGCUGUGUUCACACAUCGGCUUCUCCUGGAUUCUUAUGGACCUUAUAGAGGAGGUCAGGCAGAGAAGUCUGCAGAGCCUCUCACUCGGACGUUUGUGUUCACACACAAUGCUCUGCAGAAAAUACAGAGCAACUGUCUGAGAGCAGCUUAUUAAACCCCAGACUCACAGAAGAACAGAAAUGAACCGUGGGGACCUGAACGCCUCCUCAGCUGUGAUGAAGUAAAACAGAUUCCAAUGAAUUCUGGACUUUGGAGGAAUAAAAAAAUGUAUCAUUGUAAAACAUUGUUUUCUUAUGGCCAUGAUGUUUAUAAAAUCUUUUUGUGUAUGAUAAAGAUGAGAAUGUUCA